UUUAAUUUGUUCGACUUUUUUCUUUCUUUUAGAUUGCAGAUACAAAAUUAAAGUGACAUUGUAGUCAUGGGGCUAGAUAAGGAUUUGUUCGAAGGUGAUGUUGAAAAAGAAUUUAUUUGUGGACUGUGUGAUCAAGUACUUUUGAACCCUGUCACCGCCGGAUGCAGUCAUAUCUUCUGCCAAUCUUGUGUCAACCGGAAGUUAAAGUCUCUUGUGUCGAAACCAUUAUGUCCACUGUGUAGUGCUAAACUUUCAAGCAAUACUCAAGAUACAACUAUAGAGUUUAAACUGAAGCUACUAAAUCUGACCUUAUGGUGCAGUCAUACAUGUGGAGCUAAGUUUGUCCUGGCUGACCUGCCGGACCAUAUGGAUAUAUGUUCCAACGCACCGGUACAAUGUGAAUUUAAGCCUACAGGAUGUACAAGAACAAUUAAACGAUGUGAUUUCAAGAAGCAUUUACAAGAAUGUGACUAUAGAUCGGUUGAAUGCGAGGCUUGUGGGCAUGUUACUAUAUACAGAGAACUCUUUACACAUCAAAGUCGUGUUCGUUGUCUAGAGAAGAAGUUGAAGCAACAAAUAAUACGGGAAAGAAAGCUUGCAUUAAAGGAGGUUAACAAACAUAGAGAACGACUUUUCCGAGACAAUUGCCGACUAGACCAACAACAAAGAAAGUCGAUUCUUAACCAUUCUAAAUCGUUAAACCAUAGAAGAAAGUUAAGGCACUCUUCCAAGAAUGAUAACGAUUCUGAGUUUGAUUUAUCUCCAAGAGAUGGCGUAUUCUUGACAGAACAUGCUGUAGAGCAUCAUAAUGAUGUUACGAUGGAGCAAAACGGCGAAGACUCGAAGGAAAUAGAAAGACAAAGGCAAAUUCAGAAUAAUACAAAAACUCCACAUUCAUCCCGGUCAGGCUUCGCUAUGCAGUUUUGUUCACAGUGUAACAGAACGUUCCGUGCCGAUACUAAUACUUCAACCGCCUGUAGGUGGCAUGUAGGGGUAAGUCUAUACACCACCUCUUCUAAAUAACCUGCAUUUUCUUUA